AUGUUCUCGCACCAGCCCACAUGGGAUGACUGUCAGCAAUUGUUGCAAACCCUCUUCACUACAGAGGAAAGGGAGCGGAUCCUCCUUGAGGCACGGAAAAACAUGCCCGGGGUGGACGGGAGACCAACGCAACUCCCAAACCGCAUCGAGGAGGCUUUUCCCCUUUCCCGACCAGACUGGGACUACAACACAGCUGACGGUAGGGAGCGACUGACAGUCUAUCGCCAGACUCUAGUGGCAGGCCUCCGGGGGGCAGCAAGGCGCCCUACUAAUUUGGCUAAGGUAAGGGAAGUGACCCAGGGAAUCACGGAGUCCCCCUCCGUCUUCCUUGAGCGUCUCAUGGAUGCUUUUCGCCGCUAUACCCCUUUCGACCCAACGUCAGAGGGGCAAAGGGCCUCUGUUGCUAUGGCAUUCAUAGGGCAAUCCGCCUUAGAUAUUAGGAAGAAGCUCCAGAGAAUAGAGGGCUUGCAGGACUAUACCUUGCAAGACCUAGGGCAACGGGGCUCGGAACCCCUCCCCGAGCCUAGGGUAACCUUGUGUGUGGAGGGGAAGCCCAUUGACUUUUUAGUAGAUACAGGAGCUCAACAUUCUGUCCUGACUACACCAGUUGGGCUGGUAACGGGAAAAAAAUCUUGGGUCAUAGGGGCAACGGGACACCAACAAUAUCCAUGGACCACCCAUAGGACAGUUGACCUGGGUAGGGGAACAGUAACCCACUCCUUCCUGGUGAUUCCUGAGUGCUCGAUGCCACUCUUGGGACGAGAUCUCUUGACCAAAAUGGGAGCCCAAAUCAGCUUUACCUCUGAGGGGCCCCAAGUAACUACAGCUUUAACCAUCCAACUAAGUGAUGAGCACCGGCUUUUUGAAGACACCAGGCCGAGCACCCAACCCCCGCCUGACUUACUUGCCAAGUACCCCCAGGUCUGGGCUGAAACAGCUGGGACGGGACUGGCGAUAAAUCGCCCCCCCCUAGUGGUGGAACUGAAGGCAACUUCUAUUCCUAUUGCGGUCCGCCAGUAUCCUAUGCCCCGAGAGGCACGCGAAGGGAUACGGCCCCACAUCCAACGCCUUCUUCAACAAGGUAUCCUACGAGCAUGCAAAUCCCCUUGGAACACCCCCCUCCUCCCUGUCAAGAAACCAGGCACCCAAGAUUAUCGUCCAGUCCAGGAUCUAAGAGAAGUGAACAGGAGAGUGCAAGACCUACACCCCACAGUGCCAAACCCCUAUAAUCUGCUUAGCUCCCUCCCCCCAGAUAAAACCUGGUACACCGUCUUAGACCUCAAGGAUGCCUUCUUUUGUUUACGCUUACACCCUUCCUGCCAGGACAUCUUCACUUUUGAAUGGACAGAUCCGGAUAGCGGCAGCACGGAGCAACUCACCUGGACCCGACUACCGCAGGGCUUCAAGAACUCUCCCACCCUCUUCGAUGAGGCACUUCAUAAAGACUUAGCCUGCUUUCGUGUCCGCAACCCAGAGGUAACCCUCCUACAGUAUGUAGAUGACUUACUACUUGCAGGGGAUACCGAGGAAGACUGCCAACAAGGCACAGAACGUCUACUUCAGGAACUAGCAGCCCUAGGCUACCGAGUGUCCGCUAACAAGGCCCAAAUAUGCCAGAAAGAAGUCACAUACCUCGGUUACCAGCUCAAAGAAGGGAAAAGAUGGCUGACGACGGCAAGGAAGUAUGCAGUAACGCAGAUUCCACCCCCCCGGACACCUCGUCAAGUACGUGAGUUUCUGGGAACCGCAGGGUUUUGGCGUCUCUGGAUCCCUGGUUUCGCUGCUCUCGCUGCUCCUCUUUAUCCCCUUACUAAAGAGGCGACCCCAUUUCUAUGGGGUCCCCAACAACAGCAAGCCUUUGAGAGUAUUAAAAAGGCGCUACUAUCUGCUCCAGCCUUAGCUCUGCCUGAUGUAACUAAACCUUUCACCUUGUAUAUUGAUGAAAGGAACGGGAUAGCCAAAGGAGUUUUGACCCAGUCUCUAGGACCAUGGCAGAGGCCAGUUGCUUACCUCUCAAAAAAGCUCGACCCAGUCGCCAGUGGCUGGCCAAUGUGCCUGACAGCAAUAGCGGCAGCCGCCGUGCUGAUCAAGGAUGCUGACAAGCUAACCAUGGGGCAAAUCUUGACAAUAAUUGCCCCACACGCUCUCAAAAGCAUUGUCCGCCAACCCCCUGACCGAUGGAUGUCCAAUGCCCGCAUGACUCAUUAUCAAAGCCUCCUGUUAGACGAAGACAGGAUUCGCUUUGGCCCUCCUGUCACCCUUAACCCGGCUACUUUACUACCGGAGACUGGGGCCUCAGGAGAGGUCCUGCACUCCUGCUCUGACAUUCUCGCCGAAGAAACAGGCACACGGCAAGAUCUCCGUGAUCAACCUCUACCAGACGCACAAUUCACCUGGUUCACGGAUGGAAGCAGCUACCUCUUAGAAGGUAAGCGAGUCGCCGGGGCUGCCAUAGUGGACACUGAACGAACUAUAUGGGCCGAGCAUCUACCUGGAAACAUUUCAGCCCAGAGGGCCGAACUAGUCGCUCUGACUCAGGCCCUCCGGUUGGCAGCAGGCAAAAACGUAAACACCUACACUGAUAGUAGAUAUGCCUUUGCCACGGCCCACAUACAUGGGGCUAUUUACAGGCAACGGGGGCUGCUCACCUCGGCGGGAAAAGACAUUAAGAACAAGAAGGAAAUUUUAGACUUACUGGAGGCCAUACACCUCCCAAAGAAGGUAGCCAUAAUUCACUGCCCCGGACACCAAAAAGGGGCCUCCAGCAUAGCCACCGGGAACCGCCGUGCGGACCUCGCAGCCAAGCAGGCUGCCCAAGGCAUUCCCACCUUCUCAGAUUUGGGACUCAGACAAGAGACCCCUGAAGGAGUCAGACGAACCCCUUCGGAAGACAAAAUCCUACCAGAAGAACAAGCCCGGUCCUUCAUCACCUACCUACACAAACUCACUCACUUGGGACCCAAGCACCUCCGAGCUCUAGUCCGAUCCUCCCCUUACUAUGUCAUUAACCUGAAUAAAUUAACUGAAGAAAUAACCAAGACCUGCCAACCCUGCCAGCUAGUAAAUGCCCACCCCAGUACAGCAACCUACAACAAACGCCUCAGGGGAGACCGCCCUGGCAGCUACUGGGAAGUAGACUUUACUGAAAUAAGACCUGCCAAAUACGGGUAUAAAUACUUACAAGUGUUUAUAGACACCUUUUCAGGAUGGGUGGAAGCUUUUCCAACAAAGACAGAAACCGCCCAGAUCGUGGCCAAGAAAAUUUUAGAAGAUAUCAUCCCGCGGUAUGGCAUACCUAAGGUACUUGGCUCAGAUAAUGGCCCAGCAUUCGUUGCCCAGGUAAGUCAGGGACUGGCCAAAAUCCUGGGGUACAAAUGGAAAUUACAUUGUGCAUAUAGACCCCAAAGCUCAGGACAGGUAGAACGAAUGAACAGAACUUUAAAAGAGGUCCUGACUAAAUUAUCCGUAGAGACUGGCAUAACAGACUGGACAGUCCUCCUCCCCUACGCCCUCUUUCGGGUACGAAACACUCCUACCCCUUUCAAGCUGACCCCUUUUGAACUACUAUAUGGUGCCCCCCCUCCUUUAACUGCCUCUUAUACCCCUAUACCCGACUCUCAUUCUUAUCCGUUUCUACACACCAGACUAAAAGCCCUAGAAACAAUACAGAAAGAAAUCUGGAGCCAAGUAGCUGAAGCAUACAUCCCCGGUGAUCUCCAAGUGCCACACCAGUUCCGAGUUGGGGACUCAGUCUACGUCAGACGACAUCGAGCCGCCACCCUGGAACCCAGGUGGAAGGGACCAUACAUAGUCCUUCUCACCACCCCGACUGCAGUCAAAGUCGAUGGCAUCUCAUCUUGGAUCCAUGCAUCCCACAUCAAACCCGCCCCGCUGUCUGCAGGCCAGCAAUGGACGGUGGAGAAGAUGGAGAAUCCCCUCAAGCUCCGUGUUAAACGGACUUUUCCUCCUGAUUCUAGGCCUCCCUCUGAUAAGUACCCAAAGCUAUAACCCACAUGAGCCCAAACGCUUAACCUGGCAAGUCCUUACCAGCCGAGG